AGCAUCCUGGCUUCCGGUGGUAUCUCCAGCAUCUCGCAGGCUACACGCAACGCGCUCCGCCCAUGGCGCCCAGUUGCUUUAGCGGUUGUGCGAAGCAAUACCAAGGACUGAAGGGAUUUCUAAAGCCACUGACCCAUGGAGCAGAUGCCUGGAAGGUGCAUGAGAUCGAAGCGGCGGCGGUCACCGCGGAGGAGCAGAGUUUGGCUUCCGAGCCUCAUUUGCCGGUGCUACUGGGCGCUCGCGCGCCGAUCAGUGUGGAGGAGCCCAAGGGCGUGGAGGCGGCGAGAACGGAGCUCGGAGCAGGGGCCGAUCGACCAGCAGCUCUCUCAGCCUUGACGACAGCCGCAGAGGAACUGGCGGCCUCACCCGCUUGCAGCACGCCGGUGCGCUGGAACCAUGGCUGCUGCGAGGUGCAGGCGUGGGAUAGCGAGCUGGCCUCUGCGAAGCUGGGAGAGGCUGCAGAAGCGGCUUGGCAUGGAGGAGUGCAGGUGGCCACUUUCAUGACCCGACAUUUCCAGGACGCCGCGGACUUCGCGACGCCACACGUGGUCUCCUGGGCCAACCACGCGUUGGAGACCUGGAAGACCACAGCCUCGCGGCCGGCCUUGAAGCCGACGGGCUCAACUUGGGAGGCUAACAGCCGCCAGCAGUCCGCCAUGCAGCUGCGUGCCGCUGCCCCGCCACCGCUGAACAUCUCGGACUACGAUGUGGUCGACACGUCUUCGGGCGCCCCAACGCCCUUCAGGACGAGCUCUCCAGCAGAGUUCGAGAGGAUGCGGUUCAAUGCAGGCUCUCGGCCAGCGGCCGGUCCACCCGCGGGCAGCUACGAUGUCGCUCGCGACGCGCAGCUGCGGUAUGCGCUGGAUGCGUCCCGGUUUCAGGAGGCACCCUCCUUCAUCACCGUGGUGCCGCAUGCUCAGUCCUUCACAGUGCCACCCUCCCCGGCCUUGAGCACUGCGAGCGCUGUGCCACCACUGCCCGGCCGGGAAGGACGGCACUCCUUCUCAGGGGUGAGCGCGAGGCACUCCUUUGCAGUGCUCCAGCCGCCACAACUGCCGUUCGACACAGGCGCGGCAAGUGCCUGGGCGAGCAGUGCAAACGCAGCAAGCGCAGCGCCCGUUGAGGCCACCGUCCUUCGCACCAGCCUGGGCGAGCGGCGGCCCUUUGACGCGUCCCAUCCGCGGCCGCUGGUGCGGGCGACGUAGGAGCUCUCCAUCGGCUAGGCCCAGAACUUGUACAGUUGAUUGGAGCAAUCGAUUUGAUGCAGGAAUUCGCUUGUGGGAUCUCCCUAUUCUCCGCGGGGGAGGCUUGCGGAGAAGCACCGUUUUUUGCGUCCAAUUCUUUGUUCAAUCAAUGAACCUUUCAGCACUGUAGAGGAUCUCAGGGACCUCAGGGACCUUUGGUUCAUAGACCGAGUGCAACGUUCGGAGCCUGAGCUUCACAUGCUGGUGUGAAUGGGACCCCGAGACCUGAGACCGGAGAAGAACCGAUGAGCGGCGCGUCCUUGGUGCUCUGUCGACUUGGCAGUGUCAUACUGUAUUAUUAUAUAUAUGGAGUCCAUGGAAUUGGCAUGGAUCUACCGAUCUAACCGUGGAACUGGGCAUUUUCCGGAUUCUUGGACCAAUCAUUCGCAUGGAGCCUCCUCUUCUGGGGGUGAAGAUCCGACUCUCGUCCUAUGGUCCAUCAAGGCAUGGCAGCUUGCAGCAUGACGUGUCCGGCACGGGCGCAGUGCCAAAUUGAUCACAGCUUUCAACAAAAAAUCAGGUAGGAUCCACAAGUCAACAAACUGGGUGAUCUACAAUGAUCUAUGUAGGUCAAAGCCAGAUGCUCACAGAUGUUUGCCUGGACAUUUCAUUGGGUACUUUGCUUGAAGGGGAAAGGUAUUGCAUGUCAAAACGGGUCAGGCUCCUGAUUUGUUCUGAGCACAGCCAGGCGCUCUCACUUCCACAGCCAGCUUGGACCUGUGAACUUUUUUGCAGGACGAUUGUGUGGCAGCCCCGUCCGGAUGCAGGAGAUGUACAGAGGCUUUUACUUUUUCCUGGGAGACUGGACCCCGAGGAACUAAGGGGAACAUCAACCUCCAGGCAUUUCCGUGCAUUUGAAAAACCUUCUUUCGGCUCAGGUGUUUCUCUUGGGUGUUUCAAUAAUGUUCUUGACUUGUCUUUUUACACUUCUUCGUGUUGAUGUUCUUUUGGCAACCCUCCUCCUCCAACUGUGGAUCCUUUCUGUUACAGAUGUGGAUCCGUAGAUUCACCUCAACCGGCUGAUAGGGUAUCUUGGAGCAUGGUAUUGUCACCUGAGCGGGGAGCCGAUUUAUAGCGCAGGUUCCAUUGAUGUGGAGUUCUAAAGGUUUCCCGGCCAAUCUGCUUCCACAGUCAGCUCUGGCAGCCCGGCAGCCCGUCAAAGCAUGGCAGCUUAGAACACGUGCCCCGUCGCAGGACCCGACACGUCGCCGGCACGUGCAGCGUCGUCCGAAAAAGGCAGAGAGAGAGAGAGAGAGAUCGAUCCCCUCGUCGACGCAGUAGGAGCAAGGAUGCAACGAACGGAGCAAAGGGCAUCGCUACGAACGGAGCAAGGACGCUACUAGGGUUCCUGGCCGUACUACUAGGAGCAUUCUUACUAGUAACAAGAAGCUUCCUUGGGAUUCGUUGGCUGCGGAUCAUGUUGGAACGGGAUGGCGGACGGAAACACCCCCGUUCGAUCGUCAUGCGCAGUGAUUUGGGCGCUGACUCUUGGCACGCCACCCAGGCCGCCCACCCAGGCGGUGAUGUAGGGGACGACUCGAUGGAAGACUCGGUGUGGCCACCUGUUCUGUUCUGUUGCAGCGAGUCGCUCCAGAACAGGGAAAAAACAAGUAAUACAACAUACACCAGGAUGAAAUCAAUGAACCACAAGCCCCACAAAGCAAGAGCACCAGCAAGAGCAAGCCCUGACGGGUGGCCUUCACGGAAUCCCCUGACCGCUCCCUUCCCGAGAAGUUGCUUCCACCGGUCACCAGGUCACCACCUGUAUCUGGCACCCUGGCGAAGUGUCACAAGAAAUUGAUACAAUUUGAUAGAUAAUGGGAUGGUGGCCAAUAGACAGGCAGCGUUCUCCAUUUUUCCAUCAUAC